AUGUCCACCCCCCUUCGCGCCGUCUACACCUCCCCGCAAUCCACCCACUCCUUCCAACACACCAUCACAGCGCCGCUCCCCUCCUCCGACACCCCGUCCCCAGAGAACGUCAAAACCAAAGUGGCCUACCUGUCCGAACUGCGAAAGCUGGUCCCGGCUUUACAAGACGACAUGAACGUGUUCCUGACCGCGCAGAUGGAGGAGGAGAAAAGGGCCGCCGAAGCCGAGGGUCGCAAGGUGUCGGACAAGGAGGCAAAAGAGGAGGAGGCCUACGGCGAGGAGGUCGUGGAAGAUGAGGAAUGA